CGGGGAUAAGGAGAAGUUGGAGGCCUUCGUGAACUUCUGCGAGGACGCCAUCUUUGAGAUGCAACACGCGAGCAGUAUAUCCAUGGAGGACGACGAAGAGCCCACCAAAGCUGGUGACUACCCCUACCCGGGCAGCGAGGAGGUGCCGGUGUCGGCACUGGAACCCAUCAAAAACGUGUUCAGAUACGUGUGGAACAGGAUCUGCAAACUCUUCUCAUACCUGCGACCGGAAAACCUCCGCAAACAGUGGCGUCGCCUCAAAGAGAAGACAUACUUCGAG